GUAUUAAUAAAAUUUUCCUCACUCUUUCUCUCUCUCUCUCCCCCUCCCUUCGGCAGCUAUUGCAGAUAUUUAUAGAAUUGUAAUAGCGUGGGCUUGAACUCCGAUAGCAACCUUUCCCCAAUUCUUAUUUCGAGACCAAGAGGAGAGGAGGGAAGCAGAGCCCGGAGAGAUGACGGCAGCCGCGGGGCUCGGCUACGUCCUCAUCGCCCUUGGCCCCGCCCUCUCCCUCUUCGUCGCCGUCAUCGCCAAGAAGCCCUUUCUCAUCCUUACCCUCCUCUCCAGCACACUGUUUUGGCUUGUGAGUUUGAUAGUCCUUUCUGCGGUAUGGAGAGGUUUUCUUCCUGUGAAGUCUGCAGUGUGGUGGCCGUAUGUGCUCCUUAUCCUCACAUCUGUUGGUUUUCAGGAAAGUGUCCGGAUCGUAUUCUGGAAGGUUUACAAGAGACUGGAAGAUAUGUUGGAUGCUUUUGCUGACAGAGUGUCGAAACCUCGCCUUUAUUUGACAGAUAAGAUGUUAAUUGCCUUGGCUGGUGGUUUAGGUCAUGGCUUGGCUCAUGCCGUCUUUUUCUGUCUUAGUCUCUUGACUCCUGCAUUUGGUCCAGCAACAUUUUAUGUUGAUAGGUGCUCACACAUACCAUUUUUCCUUAUUUCUGCCAUUAUGUCACUUGGAUUUGUGGUUAUUCAUACUUUUUCGAUGGUCAUUGCUUUCAAUGGGUAUGCUGAAGGGAGGAAAAGUGACCAAGCUAUUGUUCCGGUUGUUCAUAGCAUUGCCGCUAUAAUGACGCUGAUUAACCUUGCACCUGGGGGCUGUGUUGUUGGUGUACCUCUGCUCUGCUUCAUGGCAGCUGUAACAUUGCAAUAUUGCUGGCAGAUGGUUUGGAGAAGACUAACUGAACACCAAAACAGGCAGAUGAACAAUUAGCAGUCAUCUGCAUCUUAUGAUGCCGUCUCAUGGGUAAAGAAAUUAAACUUCUCUCUUGUUAAGUGAAGUAGGAGGAUAGCAAUGAUGACUUCGAAUUUGAAUGUGACAUUUAUACAUCCAUAAAUGGAAAUGUAGCAACAGGAUAGCAUGGAAUAUGGAUAAUUGAAGGCAGAUGCCUCCUUUUUUCCGUGAAAUGUGAUCUCAACAAUUACAAACUUUCACUUGAUAUGGAGAAAAGCUCAUUGCUCUUGUUUCU